AUGGACAUUCUUGCGAGCGGAGUGAUGGACUGGGGUGAUGCGUACGCGUUUAAUUCAUUCUAUGAUCCGGUUUAUGAUCGAAGAAUCUUCUAUGGGUGGGUGAGAGAAAGUCAUCGAAGUUAUGGAGAGAGAGCGUUCGGUUACAACGGACAGAUAACUUUACCCAGAGAAGUUUUCAUUCAGGUGAUUUCAAAUGUUGUUCACAUCAAUGAAUCUCUGAAUGCUUCUUGGACAUUAACAUCGAAUCAGGAUGAAACAUUCACAUUUAAAACGCUCGGAAUUCGACCAAUAGAUGAAAUUGUUAACUUAAGAAAAACAAAUGAAUUCAUUCGUAAACAAUCUCAAAAAUUCCAUCAACGAAUCGAUUAUUUACACAUGAAUGUGACAUCAUUGAAUUUUGAAUUAAAAGGUAACAUAAAUAUUUCAUUGAAUUCCACCGCUGGUUUUGUUUUUCGACGAUCAACAAAUGGCUUAGAAUAUACAACACUUUAUUACAAUUCAUCAAAUGAAUAUUUGAUUCUUAAUCGAACAUCUUCUUCGUUGAUUAAACAAUUUGAUGAUCAAACAAUUUAUGCCAAACAUCUUUUACUUACCAGACAGAUUUCAACAAAUUUCGUUGAAAAAGAACUUCUGUCUUUGCAUAUUUUUCUUGAUAAUUCACUUUUAGAAGUUUAUGUGAAUAAUCGAACAGUCAUUUCUACUCAUAUUUAUCCAUCACUAUCGGAUUCACUCGAACUGGGAUAUUUUGUUGGAGGAACCGAUGGAACUGUUGAAUUUAGUGAUGUUUCAAUUUGGUUCAACUUACAAAAUGCAUUUUCAUUAAGACCAUUGAAUACUUCGACUCAUUUAGUUAAUCCUUCAGUGAACAAUGCUGCUAUCCACUCCUUUCAACUUUCUGUAUUUUUGUUUCUGUUUUAUCUUUUCCAUAGUUUAUAA